UGUGGGGUGGAACAGGACCAUACAGGGGCUAACGAAGUCCUUUGCUCCAUGCUUUCCAGGAAAACCCUCGGCUACAGCGGGAGGUCCCCUUACACAAUGGCAUCAUGUUCUAACAGAGGUAUCUACAUCGAGGAAGAACGACAUGUGAGAGCCAGUGACAGGGACUACAAUGAAAAGUUCCCAUAUGCUGACAAUCACAUCAGAACCUGCAAGUACAAUGUCUUCACCUUCCUGCCCAUCAAUCUGUUCGAACAGUUCCAGAGAGCAGCUAAUGCAUACUUCCUAGUGCUGCUCAUAUUACAGUUGAUCCCUGAGAUCUCCUCGCUGUCCUGGGUCACUACCACUGUGCCUCUGGUCAUGGUGCUGUUGAUCACUGCAGUUAAAGAUGCCACUGACGACUAUUUCAGGUAUAAAAGUGAUCAGCAGGUCAACAGUCGUCAGUCUCAGGUACUCAGGGGAAAUCUACAGAAUGAGAAGUGGAUGAAUGUACGCGUGGGAGAUAUCAUCAAGCUGGAAAACAAUCACUUUGUGACAGCUGACAUUCUGCUGCUCUCUAGUAGUGAACCAUAUGGACUGUGUUACAUAGAAACGGCUGAGCUAGACGGGGAGACCAAUCUGAAGGUUCGUCAGGCUUUGACUGUGACCUCAGACUUGGGAGCAGACAUAACAAAGCUGGCUGACUUCAAUGGAGAAGUUAUCUGUGAGCCUCCCAACAACAAGCUGGACAAGUUCACAGGUACUCUGUACUGGAGAGAUAACAAGUACCCUCUGGAUAAUGAAAAGAUGCUGCUGAGAGGCUGUGUGCUCCGGAACACGGACUGGUGCUUCGGAAUGGUCGUCUUUGCUGGGCUGCAAACCAAACUGAUGCAGAACUGUGGGAGGACUAAAUUCAAAAGGACCAGCAUUGAUAAACUGAUGAACACUUUAGUUUUAUGGAUAUUUGGCUUCCUAGUCUGCAUGGGUGUGAUCCUGGCUAUUGGCAACACCAUCUGGGAGCAGAAGGAUGGGAGGAGCUUCAGUGUCUAUCUCCUGUGGGAUGAACCAAUCAGGAACAACAAUGUGGUGUUCUCUGGGUUCCUCACCUUCUGGUCUUACAUCAUCAUCCUCAACACAAUGGUGCCCAUCUCUCUCUACGUCAGUGUGGAGGUUAUUCGUCUGGGCCACAGUUACUUUAUUAACUGGGACAGGAAGAUGUAUUACAUCCAGAAGGACACUCCAGCUGAGGCCAGAACCACCACGCUCAAUGAGGAGCUGGGCCAGGUGGAGUUUAUCUUCUCAGACAAGACAGGAACUCUCACACAAAACAUCAUGGUCUUCAACAAGUGCUCCAUCAACGGGAAGAGCUAUGGUGAUGUUUAUGAUGAAUUCGGCCAUAAAGUGGAAAUUACAGAGAGAACGGCCUGUGUAGAUUUCUCUUUCAACCCUCUGAGUGACAGGAAGUUUAAGUUUCAUGACAGUAGCCUGUUGGAGGCCAUCAAGAUGGAGGAGCCAUCAGUGCAGGACUUCUUCAGACUGCUGGCUUUGUGUCAUACUGUCAUGCCUGAGGAGAAAAAUGAAGGGGAUCUGGUGUACCAGGCCCAGUCGCCUGACGAGGGAGCCCUGGUCACGGCCGCACGGAACUUUGGCUUUGUGUUUCGUUCCAGAACCCCGGAGACCGUCACGCUGUACGAGAUGGGGACGGCCGUCACCUACCAGCUCCUGGCCAUCCUCGACUUCAACAACGUGCGCAAGAGAAUGAGUGUCAUUGUGAGGAACCCAGCGGGCCACAUCAGGCUGUACUGUAAAGGAGCUGACACCAUCAUCUUCGACAGACUGGACCCGUCCAACCAUGUUCUCAUGAACACUACCUCAGAGCAUCUUUACGAGUUUGCUGGUGAAGGCUUGCGAACACUGGCCCUGGCCUACAAAGACCUAGAUGAGAAUGUAUUAGAGGAAUGGAUGAAGAGGCUCCUGUGUGCCAGCACUGUGAUAGAGAACAGAGAGGAGGGACUGGCUGAUCUCUAUGAGGAAAUAGAGACAGGCCUCAUGCUCCUAGGAGCCACAGCAGUAGAAGACAAACUGCAGGAGGGGGUUCCUGAAACAAUCGCCAGUUUGACCCUGGCCAACAUCAAGAUCUGGGUUCUCACUGGGGAUAAGUUAGAGACGGCGAUGAACAUCGGCUACUCCUGCAACAUGCUGAGAGACGAUAUGAACGAAGUGUUUAUCAUAUCAGGACAUUCUGUCUUAGAGGUGCAGCAGCAACUCAGGAGUGCUAAGGAGCACAUUCUGGGCCUGGGCAGGGUCAGCGGUACUGUAGAUGUGGAGAAGACAGAUGACUUCUCAGACGAUUCUGUAUUUGAAGAAACCAUCAUAGCAGAGUAUGCCUUAAUCAUCAAUGGACACAGUCUGGCCCAUGGCCUGGAGCCUGAGCUGGAGCAGGUCCUUCUGGAGACUGCCUGUCUGUGUAAGACAGUGAUCUGCUGUAGGGUGACUCCCAUGCAGAAGGCCCAGGUGGUGGAGCUGGUCAAGACGAACAAGAUGGCUGUGACUCUGGCCAUAGGAGACGGAGCCAAUGACGUCAGCAUGAUCAAGACUGCUCAUAUAGGUGUAGGUAUAUCAGGUCAGGAGGGCAUGCAGGCUGUGCUAGCCUCCGACUACUCCUUUGCCCAGUUCCGCUAUCUGCAGCGUCUCCUGCUGGUCCACGGCCGCUGGUCCUAUUUCCGCAUGUGCAACUUCCUGUUCUACUUCUUCUACAAGAACUUUGCCUUCACCCUGGUGCACUUCUGGUUCGGCUUCUUCUGUGGUUUCUCAGCUCAGACGGUUUAUGACCAGUGGUUUAUCACUCUCUUCAAUAUAGUCUACACAUCCCUGCCAGUUCUGGCCAUGGGGAUUUUCGAUCAGGAUGUGAACGAAGCCAACAGCCACCGCUACCCUAGCCUGUACCGUCCAGGACAACUCAAUGUCCUGUUCAACAAGAGACAGUUCUUCCUGUGUACGCUACAGGGGGUGGGCACCUCCUUCCUCCUCUUCUUCAUCCCCUACGGAGCCUUCUGCCUCGUCGCCAGGGACGACGGAUCACACAUCUCAGACCAGCAGGCUUUCGCCGUCAUCAUAUCAACAUCCUUGGUCAUAGUGGUGAGCGUUCAGAUUGGCCUGGACACCUCCUAUUGGACAGCUGUGAAUCACGUAUUUGUGUGGGGUAGCCUGGCUGUCUACUUUGCCAUUCUAUUCGCUAUGCACAGUGACGGCCUCUUCAGCAUAUUCCCCAGCCAUUUUCCUUUCAUUGGCACAGCCCGUAACUGUCUGACUCAGAAGAGUGUGUGGCUGGUUAUAAUGCUGACCACCGUGGCGUGUGUCAUGCCAGGGUUGGCAGUCCGCUUUCUGAAGACAGACCUUUACCCCACUCUGACAGACAAGGUGCGGAGCCUGCAGCAGGCCAGCAGAAAGCUGGGUCCCAAGGAGCAGAACCUAAGACGUGUUCGGAGGACCAGCUCCCGGCGCUCAGCCUACGCCUUCUCCCACCAACAGGGCUAUGGAGAGCUCAUAACCUCAGGGAAGAACAUGAAGGUCACCCCCAACACCGCUGCCCCGUCCCCAUCCCUGUCCCCAUCGUCCCCUGGAAGGGUUCACAACAGCAGAAGUUUGAUAGAGGGCAUGUCGAAGAGGAAGGGGGAAACACCGGUAGCCUGUGUCUCUGCUGAGGCCUACGGAACAUCCGGAACCUCGGAAGGCAACACUAGAACUCAACAGACUGUAAUGGAUUCUAAUGUUGUUUCCAAUGGGGCUGUUCAGACAUGACUCUUCGCGACCUGUUUUUAGAUUCCUAACAAGGUGUUCAGACUAUAAGAUGAUCCUGUGCGUCUACACCUGGCUCAGUGAGUAAGAGUUAGAGCAUGGUGCGGUCAACAUCAGGGUGGGGUUCGAUUUCCCACAUUGGAUCGAUCGGCCACAUAUACAGGUAACUGCCAAAGUAAUGGAAACACUUGAGUAAAUGAGGGUUCUGGCGGCUCUGUUAUGGUGCGAGGUGUGUUUUCCUGCCGUGGUUUAUGUCCACCGAACCCCCUUAGAGAGCAAGGUCAACUCCAAUAAAUACACAGCCAUUCUGAGUGAUACAACAGCCAUUUCUAUCAUGGGAGUGGUCUCUUCCAGGAUGACAAUGCCCCCCUAUCCACAGGGAACGAGUGGUCACUGUACGGUUUGAUGAGCAUGAAAACGGUGUAAACCAUAUGCCCACGGCCAUCUCAGUCAUCAGAUCUCAAAAACAAUUGAACACUUCUAGAGCGGUGCCUGAGACAACAUUUUACACCACCAUCAAAAAAAAAAAAAACACCAAAUUAAAAAUGAUUGUGGACGAAUGGUGUCGCUACCCUCCAAUAGAGAUUCAGGCAUUUAUAGAAUCUAUGCCGAGAGGUGCAUUAAAGCUGUUCUGGCGGCUCGUGGUGCCCCCAACGCCCUAUUCAAACACUUUAUGUUGGUGUUUCCUUUAUUUUGGCAGGUACAUGUUUGUCACUGUCAAUGUUGACAGUUCUGUGAGUCACUUUGGAUAAAAGCGUCUGGUAAAUGACUAUACUGUGGGCACUGGACAAGCAGCAGCACACAAGAAAAUGGAGAGUAAGUCAAACUCAAUCAUCAGAGGACAUGAGCGCACCAGCAAGCAGGCUCCAAAAGAACCAGCACAGGAACCAGCACAGGAAUAUCCAAUCAGUUGCUGCUCUGGGAUCAACUCAUGUUCAGAAAGAUCACUAUAGGCUCUAGUCCAUCUGAAUCAGUGGAGCGUUACAGAUUUAAAUUCGAAGGUCAUUUUUACUAUUGAGCCGUCGUCGGCAGUGAAUGCAGUCUCCGCUAACAUCGCCUUUAAAAAUAAAUCACACUGUAACGCUUAAUUUCCGCGAUACGGAUUGAAUAGAGACCUAAGCAUUGGAGUUUUGAUUUUUGGUGGAGAUCUCCUUUUCAAUAAAUGUAGGAGUAGAUAGAUUUUUCAGUAGCCUGGGCUGGACAGGUAUGAGUUUGGUAUCAUAGCCACUUGAAACAGUGAUACAAUACAGGUAUGUACUUCAGGCUGCUUUAGGAAAACAUUCAGCACAACUCUAUCAUUGUUAGAACACUGUGUUACAAAUCAUAUUUUGCCGAUGACCAUGAAUAUGCUAAAUGUUAUUUAAAAAUUAAAAACAAUUCUGGUUUUGCACAUACAGUAAGUCAUCGUGAUAAUUAAAUUAAAAUCAGAUAGAAACUACCUCAACAAAGAUGAGGUUUAGAAUGCUGACUGAAAGAAUGUUCAGAAUGUUCUUGAGGUUUAGAAUGCUGACUGAAAGAAUGUUCAGAAUGUUUUUGAGGUUUAAAAUGCUGACUGAAAGAAUGUUCAGAAUGUUUUUGAGGUUUAAAAUGCUGACUGAAAGAAUGUUCAGAAUGUUCUUGAGGUUUAGAAUGCUGACUGAAAGAAUGUUCAGAAUGUUCUUGAGGUUUAGAAUGCUGACUGAAAGAAUGUUCAGAAUGUUUUGAGGUUUAAAAUGCUGACUGAAAGAAUGUUCAGAAUGUUCUUGAGGUUUAGAAUGCUGACUGAAAGAAUGUUCAAGAUGCAUGUUUUUACCUUUAAUGGAGAGAACAUAAUUGUGCCUUUUACUAAUUUAAGCAUUUAUCACACGUCUGAACAUAGACAUAACCGUUCAAUAGUCACAGGAGGUUGGUGGCACUUUUAUUGGGGAGGAUGAGCUUGUGGUAAUGGCUGGAGUGAAUAGGUGGAAUGGUAUCAACAACAUCAGACACACGGUUUCCAUGGUUUCCAGGUGUUUGAUGCCAUUCCAUUUGCUCCAUUCCAGCCAUUAUUAUGAGCUGUCCUCCCCUCAGCAGCCUCCUCUGGUCAAGGUCUUUGUUGGCUUUUUCCUUCAUCAUUUAUCCUUCUUUAGAAGUUGGCUUAUCCUUCAUUUACAUUUAAAGGUGCAACCUGCAAUAGUUACAGGCAGCUGUUCAAUGGUCGUUUUUUAAAAUUGUAUUUUAUCUUUAUUUAACUAGGCAAGUCAGUUAAGAACAAAUUCUUAUUUUCAAUGACGGCCUAGGAACAGUGGGUUAACUGCCUGUUCAGGGGCAGAACGACAGAUUUGCACCUUGUCAGCUCGGGGAUUUGAACUUGCAACCUUCCGGUUACUAGUCCAACGCUCUAACCACUAGGCUACCCUGCCGCCUCGUUGUAUACCAAUUGCUUUUUAAAGAAUAUCAUGUUGAUCUGAUGGUCUGUAGAGACCGUAAAGCGCCAUCUAUGAAUUUAGGUAUUGGUUUAAUUUCUCAAGCACCAUCCCUCAGCUUUAUGGCAAAAACAGUGGUGAGGCUGCCGUUGGGCUGGAAAAGUGAAUCACAGAUUGAGACUUUAAAACGGUAUGAAGAGAAGGCUUUCCUGUCAACUUCCUGUAAACGAAGGGGGAUCCAUACUGUAGGGAAGCUCAAUGCAAACACUCUGGCUGUCAGCAUUCUACAGCCUAAUUGCCCUGUUUGGUCUUUGGUCACACACUCUCUCUCUCUCUAAUACAUUGUCAACCUGUCAGACAUGGAUGCUUGUGCAGAAUGAAAACAUUAUGUUGUUUCCAUUAGGCGUAUGCUUUGAAUGCUGAAAUUCAAUACAAUCAUUUAUCAUUUGUUAACAUCUCAUUUUUAUUUUAUUUUAAAUUUUUAUUUUAUUUUUUAAGCUAAGAAUUAAUUUCAUCUUGAAUGUGUUGGUGAUGCAUCGUUUUAUUUUACAUUUUGUUUCUACCGACAAAAACUGAAACACUGUCCUUUUUUAUUUGUUAAUGUCCGCUUCUUGAACUUGGAAAUAAUGUUUUUCAACUACAGUGCGUUUUUUAAAUUAUUUUUAUAUAUAUACAAAUAUACAGCUGUUCAUAUUGUG